UGUGGUGUUAGUCUGGUGUCGUUGUGCGGCUUUUAGGUAUUUAAAGUUGUGAAUAACACUUUACAAUAAUAAAUAUGGGACGUUGUUGCUACAUGGGCUGUCAGCACCGGUCCGGCGAGGCAACAAAAGCCUCGGGCGUAACAUUUCACUGUUUCCCACGAGAUCCUACGCUUCGAGAAGCUUGGGUUGAGGCCAUUGGGAGAACUGGAUGGACACCCAGCAAACACAGUGUAGUGUGCUCCAAGCACUUUCAGAACCGUGACAUGGACAGGACAUCGUUAGCACGGAUUCGAUUAAGACCUGGUGCGGUGCCCAUCGCUCAUCCUUCUGUGUCUGCUCCUGAGCUGCAGGUAGCACAGCUUUCAACAGCACCUGAGGCAGCACGUGAAGCAGAGCAUGAAAUGGAACUAGUCACAGCUCCUGGUGGAGCACAGGAGCAACUCCCAGCUCCAGCCAGAACACAGGAGGAACUCGCUCUAGAGGAAACCUGUGAGGGAGAACAUGAACAAGACUUAUUGUCCAGCUCCUGUGCAGAGAUGAGUGAUGAAAGCACGGGCUUUGACUGUAACCCGUUGCACAACCCAUUUACAGAGCUCGAAGAUGAGGACGUAUUAGGAUAUGUCCGAGCUGGACAUGCAUCACCUCAAGCUUCUUGUUCAAGCUUAAAUACCUCACUGGAAACCAGUGCCAUCACCUAUGCUCCCUAUGCUGCUGCCACAUCUAGCAGGAGGAUUUCACUGGAAGUAGGAUUGGGAGGCAUAGAGGAAGAGCACUCCAGCUUGUCCAUCUACGUAGCCCUCGCAAGCUACGACUGCAUGCUCACUGUCCAGGACAGCCAUGCUACUGAGGACACACCUGUUAAGGCGUUUUUGAAAAAGGAGGUGAAACGAGUGGCAUCGCUGCACACUGCCAGCAAAAAGAGGAUAAAGGCUCUCCAGCAGGCACAGCGACGCAUAAAGCAAAAAGUGGCACACCUCGAAGAUGUAAUAAAAGACUUGAGGUCCAAGAACAUACUACUGCAAGAAAAUGCAGACUGCUUCACUGAUACUUCCUGA